CCACCACCCACCUAUCUCUUAUCUUAUCUUAGCCCCAUCAGCAAGCUUCACCUCAACUUUUCCCAAUGGUGGGCGACAAAACCACUCACAGCCCGUCAAACUCCGCCAACCCACGCCUCCGAAACCACACAACCAUGCGCCGCGACGUUAGGUAGCAUAUACCCCCCACUCGAGAGACGAAAUACAUAAGGCUUCUAUAUGCCUCCGAGGAAACGCGCUGCUGCUGCUGCCCCGGCUGCAGCGGCUGUGCCGCCGGCGCCCGAGGUUGAGAAGAUAAGGGAGGAGUUUGAUCUGAGUACGGAGGAGGGGAGGAAGAAGGCGGCGAGGAGGGAGAGGGCGGAGGCCCAGAGGCCGGUGGGGAAUGAUGGAUUUGAGGCGCUGUUGGAGCCGUUUUAUGGGGGGAAGAGCUUGACGGAUCCGAUUGAUACGGCGAAGGAUAAGUGGAAUUUGCUUCCGGCCUUUUUGAAGGUGAAGGGGUUGGUGAAGCAGCAUAUCGACUCGUUUAAUUAUUUUGUCGAUCAUGAGAUUAAGGAUAUUUUGAAGGCGAAUAAGUUCGUUAGGAGUGAUGUGGAUAAUACCUUCUGGCUUGAAUACACAGACAUUCGUGUUGGCGCCCCAGAACGCCUCGACUACGAUGACCGCAAACCCCUCAACGAUGUCACACCUAACGAGUGCCGUCUCCGCGACCUCACUUACGCCGCCCCCAUCUUCGUGGACAUAAAGUACGUGCGCGGAAAACGCAUUGUCGCUCGCCGCGGCAUCCCCAUCGGGCGCAUGCCCAUCAUGCUUAAGAGUUCCAAGUGCCGCCUAACAGGGCGCAACGACGGGCAACUCGCAUACAUGAACGAGUGCGCCUUGGAUCCAGGAGGAUACUUUAUCGUUAACGGUACGGAGAAGGUUAUUUUGGUGCAGGAGCAAUUGAGCAAGAAUCGAGUGAUUGUGGAGACAGAUGCGAAAAAGUCGAUGGUUUCGGCGUCGGUGACGAGUUCGACGCAUGAGAGGAAGUCGAAGAGUUAUGUGGUGUUGAAGAAGGAGAGGAUAUAUCUGCAGCAUAACGUACUCACUGAGGCGGUGCCGAUUGUCAUUGCACUGAAGGCUAUGGGUGUGCAGUCUGAUCACGAGAUGUUGCUGCUUGUUGCGGGAACGGAUGCGACGUACCAGGAUGACUUUGCUGUCAACUUCGAGGAGGCGGCUAAGCUGGGUAUCUUCUCGCAGCAGCAGGCGCUGGAGUGGAUUGGAGGAAGGGUUAAGAUGGGGAAGAGCAGGUUCGGGCAACCGCAACGGCGAAACUUCGCACAGGAUGGGCUGGAGGCAUUGGCGAAUAUCGUUAUCACCCACGUUCCCGUCGUGGGCCUGGAUUUCAGACCCAAGGCGCUAUACGUGUGCUUCAUGGUUCGACGUGUGCUGAUGGCGAUGCACGACCCCAAACUCGUAGACGACCGCGAUUACGUCGGUAACAAGCGUCUCGAACUUGCAGGUCAGCUGCUAUCUCUCCUCUUCGAGGAUCUGUUCAAGAAGUUCAACUCGGACCUCAAGAUGAACAUCGACAAGGUGCUCAAGAAGCCGAACCGCACCAACGAGUUCGACGCCUACCAGCACAUGCAGUCUCAUGGCAACUACAUCACGCAGGGCAUGAACCGCGCUAUCUCGACGGGUAACUGGAGUUUGAAGCGUUUCAAGAUGGAGCGCGCGGGUGUGACGCAUGUGCUGAGUCGGUUGAGUUAUAUCGCCGCCUUGGGCAUGAUGACGCGUAUUAGUUCGCAGUUCGAGAAGACGCGCAAGGUGUCUGGUCCGCGUGCGCUGCAGCCUUCGCAGUUUGGUAUGCUGUGUCCGUCUGAUACGCCUGAAGGUGAGGCUUGUGGUCUUGUUAAGAAUUUGGCGCUCAUGACGCAUAUUACUACCAACGAUGAUGAGGAGCCUGUGCGCAAACUGGUCUUUGUUCUUGGUGCUGAGGAUAUUGUGUCUAUGAGCGGAAAGGAGAUUUACGACGAUGGUGCUUAUGUUAUCUUUAUCAACGGUACGCCUCUUGCCUUGACCAGGAAACCAAAGGCUUUCCUGGCGGGCUUCAAGACCUUCCGUCGUACGGGUCGUGUAUCUGAGUUCGUGAGUUGUUACAUCAACCACCACACAAGCUCCGUCCACAUCGCCACCGACGAGGGCCGCAUCUGUCGGCCCCUUAUCAUCGUCACAAACGGCAUACCGCGGAUAAAAGACCACCACCUCGCAGCCCUCCGCGAUGGCACCAUGGAGUUCGACGACUUCCUCUACCGCGGCCUCGUCGAGUACAUCGACUGUAACGAAGAGAACGACGCCAUGAUCGCCCUGUACGAAAACGCCAUCACACCCGCAACCACGCAUCUCGAGAUCGAGCCCUUCACCAUCCUCGGCGCCGUCGCGGGUCUCAUUCCCUACCCCCACCACAACCAGUCCCCACGUAACACCUACCAAUGUGCUAUGGGUAAGCAAGCCAUCGGCGCAAUCGCCUACAACCAAUUCGCACGUAUCGACACUCUCCUCUACCUCAUGGUGUACCCACAGGCUCCCAUGGUCAAGACCCGCACCAUCGAGCUCAUCCGCUACGACAAACUACCUGCUGGCCAAAACGCCAUCGUGGCCGUCAUGUCCUACUCCGGAUACGAUAUUGAGGAUGCCUUAGUCCUCAACCGCGCCUCCCUCGACCGCGGCUUCGGUCGCUGCCAGGUCCUCCGUAAAUACGCCACCAAGCUCCUCAAAUACGCCAACCGCAGCGCAGACCGCAUCGGUGACCGAGAUUUCGAGGUUCGCGCAUCAGACGGCGCUACGGUGCCCAUCGAGAAGCACCAGCUCCUCGGCGCCGACGGACUCGCGCACGUCGGCGAGAUCGCCCGCAACGGCGACGUGUACGUCAAGAAGGAGACGCCCCUCAACACCUCCUCAACAGGGAUCGGUUCCGAUUCCGGGCGCAGCUCUGACAUGAAAGACGCAUCCAUGUCGUACCGCCUCCCCGACCCAGCCUACAUCGAUAAAAUCCUAAUCUCCCAAACCGAAAACGAAAGCACAGUCAUCAAAGUGCAAACGCGACAAACCCGGCGCCCCGAGCUCGGCGACAAAUUCUCCUCCCGCCACGGACAAAAAGGAGUCGUCGGGCUCAUCGCGCCCGCCCAAGACCUCCCCUUUGCCGACACCGGCAUCACCCCGGACAUCAUCAUGAACCCCCACGGAUUCCCGUCCCGUAUGACAGUCGGCAAGAUGCUGGAGCUCCUCUCCGGGAAAUCCGGCGUCAUCCGCGGCACCCACGAGUACGGGACGUGUUUUGGUGGUUCCAAAGUCGAGGAGAUGGGGCAGGGACUCGUGGAUGCUGGGUAUGCUUAUGCGGGGAAGGAGUUCCUGACGAGUGGGAUUACUGGGGAGGCGUUGCCGGCGUAUGUGUUUAUGGGGCCGAUUUACUACCAGAAGCUUAAGCAUAUGGUGCAGGAUAAAUUGCAUUCGAGAUCUAGGGGUCCCAGGGCGAUUUUGACGCGCCAGCCCACGGAGGGUAGGUCGAGACAGGGUGGGUUGAGAUUGGGUGAGAUGGAGAGAGAUUGUUUGAUUGCGUAUGGAGCUAGUCAGUUGUUGUUGGAGAGGUUGAUGUUGAGUUCGGAUGCGCAUGAGGUUGAUGUUUGUGAGAGGUGUGGGUUGAUGGGGUACCAGGGGUGGUGUCAGACGUGUAGGAAAGGGGGGGUGGCGAGGAUGGUGAUGCCGUAUGCGGCGAAGUUGUUGGUGCAGGAGUUGUUGAGUAUGAAUGUGUUGGUGAGGUUGAAGUUGGAGGAUGAGUUUCCUGCGCCGACAUAGGUGGGGG